UGUGUUAAAUAAACAAAAUUGUAUAAGAAUUAAUUCAAUGACUAAUAUGUAAAGCUAUUUAUAACACAAAGAGAAUUUAAAUGAGUUUGUGGAAUAUAUUUUGAACAAUUGAAAUGUUCUAACCUAACCUAUAUUGACAGAGCUUUUGAGGUUGUAUAAUUCUCUUCAUAUUUUCAUCAAAAUGUCAGAAAAACACCAAGAACCAAAUUUAGCAAAAGAAGCUGUUCUUGUGGACAGCUGCAAAAUGCCUGAAGGCACACCUAUAGUUUCAGGCUAUGAUUUUAAUUCUGGUGUCAAUUAUGAGGCUAUGUUUAAGACUUAUGUGCAUUCAGGAUUCCAAGCCACAAAUUUGGGUUUGGCCAUUGAAGAAAUAAACAAAAUGUUGGUUUGCCGAGAUGAACCACUAGAUGUAAGAGAUCUGGAUACAUAUGAAGAAGAUGAAUUUAUUAAACGCAAAAAUAAUUGCACAAUAUUUCUAGGGUAUACUUCAAAUAUUGUUUCGUCCGGCUUGCGGGAUACUAUUAGGUUUUUAGUGCAACAUAAAUUGGUUGAUUGUAUUGUUGCGACAGCUGGAGGUGUAGAAGAAGAUUUUAUAAAAUGCUUAGCAGAUACUUAUCUAGGCGACUUUAGUUUAAAAGGAUCAGAGUUACGUGAUCAUGGAAUUAAUAGGAUUGGAAAUCUAUUAGUCCCUAAUGAUAAUUAUUGUAAAUUUGAAGAUUGGGUGAUGCCAUUACUAGAUGAAAUGUUAGAAGAACAAAAAACCAAAAAUACUUUAUGGACACCUUCAAAAGUUAUUCAAAGACUUGGAGAACGAAUUGAUAGUGAAGAAAGUAUAUACUAUUGGGCAUCCAAAAACAAAAUUCCAGUAUUCAGUCCUGCCCUUACCGAUGGCAGCUUGGGUGAUAUGAUGUACUUUCAUUCUUAUAGAAAUCCUGGUUUAGUUGUUGAUAUUGUAUCAGAUUUAAGACGACUGAACACGAUAUCAGUGAAGGCCAAGAAUACAGGAAUGGUUAUAGUCGGUGGUGGUUUGAUAAAGCAUCAUAUUUGCAAUGCAAAUCUAAUGCGAAAUGGUGCAGACUUUUCAGUAUUUUUAAAUACUGCAUCUGAAUUUGAUGGAAGCGAUAGUGGAGCUAGACCCGAUGAGGCUGUUUCGUGGGGCAAGAUCAAGAAAACUGCAACACCAGUCAAAAUUUAUGCAGAAGCAAGUUUAAUCUUUCCGAUCCUGGUAGGAGAAACAUUUGCAAAGUAUCACCAUAAAAAGAAUCAGCAAAAGGCUUUAGAAAAUGUUUCUCUUUUAUUGUAA